AACGGCUAAUAUGGAUGACAGGUUGAAUUUUAUUGUGGAGUGGUAUGAUCCUCAUGCUGCUCUCAUAAGAAGAUAUCAGUUUCUUUAUUAUACAAAGGAUAAUACAGUUGAGAUGUAUGAUAUAAAGAACAGAAGAAUUUUUUUGAAGCGUUCAAAAUAUGAUCAACUGGAGCUGUCAGACCUACACAUAGGUGCUAAUAUCAAUAUACAUUCAAGACAACUUAAAUUUGUUGAUUACGGUGAUGAGGCCACUAAAAAGAAACUCAGUUCCACUCUUGAAAAAACUAUAGCAAUGAUAAAACCAGAUGCUGUUUCUAAAGUAGGUCACAUUAUGGAUAUGAUAUUCAGUGAUGGAUUUCAUAUGAGUAAAGCUAUAAUGGCUCAACUCAGUAGAACUGAUGCUCAAAGAUUCUAUGCAGUGCAUCAACAAAAGCCAUUCUUUAAUGAGUUAGUGGAUUUCAUCACAAGUGGAAAGGUUGUAGCCAUGGAGUUGAUUGGUAAUGAUGCAGUUAAACAUUGGAGAACACUGGCUGGUCCCACUGACAGCGCUGUUGCCAGGAGUGAAGCACCAAAUAGUGUUAGAGCAAGGUUUGGAACAGAUAAACAAACCAAUGCUGUUCAUGGUGGAGACUCUCCUGAAAAUGCAGCAAAAGAAUUGAAUAUAUUCUUUGGUCCACAACCACAAAAAAAUACAGCAAAACUGUUAGAUUGCACUUGUUGUGUAAUAAAACCUCAUGCAGUCAGUGCAGGUCAUGCAGGAAAAAUCAUUAUAGCAAUUCAAGAUGCUGGUUUUGAAGUGUCCGCAUUGCAGAUGUUUAAUAUGGAAAGGGCAAAUGCAGAAGAGUUUUUUGAAGUUUAUAAAGGUGUUGUUGCCGAAUAUACAGAUAUGGUGCAAGAGUUAACAUCAGGUCCAUGUAUUGCCUUGGAGAUCACAGGAAAGGGGAAACAAACACCAGAUGAAUUCCGUGAAUUUGUUGGUCCAGCUGAUCCUGAAAUAGCCCGUCACCUACGUCCACGUACCUUGCGUGCUGUUUAUGGACAAGAUAAAAUCCACAAUGGAGUGCACUGCACAGAUCUUGCUGAGGAUGCUUUGUUAGAGACAGAGUAUUUCUUCCGCAUUUUGGCUCAGUAAAUGUAAUAGUUUUGGUUUUGUAAACUUUUUUGCAUCAAUAUGUAGUUUCAUUUACUUUAUGCCAUACAGUUAAAAAACACAGUGCUCUUGUCUUAGUACAUAAUGCUUAUUUUUUGACAGAAUCAUCUUCAAUUGCAAUGAUUAAGUACUGAGAAAUAAUUGUAAACUCGUAGUUGCUGUUGACAUAGGAAGUAAAGUAAGCAAAUAACACCGGAUAAACGGCAAGGUACGCAUGCAGUACAUGUUUACUAUAAUUUGACCUAGUAUUUACCUUGCUGUUUAUCCGGUGUUAUUUACUUACUCAAUUUCAAUGAUUUUUAUCUCAUUAGGGAAUGUUUAUUGAUUUGUAAAUUGUCUGAUACAUUUUGCAAAUACAGCUUGCAUUGACUUUUUGUAUAUAUAGUAUCCAAAAGUAGAACCAGUGGUUGGGUCGCAUGUGUUUCAGUUCCCAGCCAGAUGACAGAAAUUAUGUAAUAAUGACAUUAUGAAAGUAAAGCUUAUUGUCGUUUACUAA